CAGCAUGCAGCCCGCGGCCUCCAACGCCAGCUCCCCGGAGCUCGGCGGCACGGCCCUGGGGAACCACACGGGCGAGCUGGCUGAGCAGCAGUACGUCCUGGGCCUCUUCCUCUCGUGCCUGUAUACCAUCUUCCUCUUCCCCAUCGGCUUCGUGGGCAACAUCCUGAUCCUGGUGGUGAACCUCAGCUUCCGCGACAGGAUGACCAUCCCCGACCUGUACUUCAUCAACCUGGCGGCCGCCGACCUCAUCCUGGUGGCCGACUCGCUCAUCGAGGUCUUCAACCUGCACGAGCGUUACUACGACUUCGCGGCGCUGUGCACCUUCAUGGCGCUGUUCCUGCAGGUCAACAUGUACAGCAGCGUCUUCUUCCUCACCUGGAUGAGCUUCGACCGCUACAUCGCGCUGGCCAAGGCCAUGCGCGCCGGCCUGCUCCGCACCAAGCAGCACGCCCGGCUGAGCUGCGGCCUCAUCUGGAUGGCCGCGGUCUCGGCCACCCUGGUGCCCUUCACGGCCGUGCAGCUGCGGCGCACGGGCGAGGCCUGCCUCUGCUUCGCGGACGUCAGGGAGGUGCAGUGGCUCGAGGUCACCCUGGGCUUCGUGGUCCCCUUCGCCAUCAUCGGGCUGUGCUACUCCCUCGUCGUGCGGGCGCUGGUCCGGGCCCAGCGGCACCACGGCCUGCGCCCUCGCAGGCACAAGGCCCUUCGCAUGAUCUUCGCCGUGGUGCUGGUCUUCUUCCUCUGCUGGCUGCCCGAGAACAUUUUCAUCAGCGUGCAGCUGCUGCAGCGGCCGCCGCCCGGGGCUGCGCCCUGCACGCAGUCCUUCCGCCACGCCUAUCCCCUCACCGGCCACAUCGUCAACCUCGCAGCCUUCUCCAACAGCUGCCUGAACCCCCUCAUCUACAGCUUUCUUGGGGAGACCUUCAGGGACAAGCUCAGGCUGUAUGUGGAGCAGAAGACCAACCUGCCAGCCCUAAACCGCUUCUGCCAUGUGGCACUCAAGGCCAUCGUGCCGGACAGCACCGAGCAGUCAGAAGUGCGGUUCAGCAGCGCCGUGUGAG